GUCCCAGUGCCGUGUAUGAGGAGGUAGAAAAGUGCAGCUAUUAUCACCGAGAACAUGUGCCUGCUGUGAGCUUGCAUUAUGGAUUGUGCCGAUAGUGUGUCCAAUGCUUUUGCGUCGAGCGCGAUCUAGGCAUCUGUCCGAUCGACAACUGCGGCAUAGCACUUCGCGGGCGGUGUUUCGAUUCUCAACAACCAUCUCGCGUCGAGCCGCAAUAAAAGCAGUUCAAAUUGCAGCGAAAAGUCUGAAACCAAGAACGGCAGCCCGUCGUGCCGCGUUCUUACCGUAACCGAAGUAGGCGCGGUGCGCGUGUAUUGGUCCACGGUCUCCGGAACCACCGGGGGAAUCCGUUUUUUUCUUGCUGGUUUGCCUCUUCCUGUCGGUUCUAGGGUGGCAAAAAUUGGCCUCUUCCAUCCCGCGUCUACCUGUUUGCACUGUGGUGUGUGUGGCCGUGCGCCCCCUGUAAGUGCUUGCAGAGGCAGUUUCGUAGCAGCAGCACGUUCGGUCCAAGAAGAGAACAUAGAAGCCAUCAGCCGUGUGUGUUAUUCACCUCCAUCCGCGGGGCAGUUCGUGGAACCACGGGGAAGCGCGAGAAAGAAAGAAAGAUCGUAAAGGGCACACACGAACGCUCCACCCGCGUUGGUCGAUUAGUUUCUGUCAAAGACGUCGUGUGUUGUGUUGUGGUUCUUGUCAAGGCAAGCUACCUUGCAAAGGGAAAUGAUGGCCUGCUCGUGGAGCUGCGUCGCAGCAGGCGGUGCUUAGGUCAGCUGGAAAACGGCCGCAUCGUAGACGGUCGAACUAACGUCGGUGUGACCCUCGCGUCUGUCCACGACCACCUCUCCAAGCAGGGUCCGGAAGGGCAGUAGAUAUUGCGGAUCCCGCCACCCACCGCAGCAUUGUGGCGUAAUUACGACGAUUCCCUUAUCGCGCUCAUGAUUGAACAUUUAACUCGAAUAGUAGAGAACUAGAAACAUACACGGACUUUCUUAUCAGCAACGGCCUCUGCCGCAGAGCAGCAGAUACUGUGUGUGUGUGUGUGUGUGUGUGCGGAGCAACUACCCUUGGCUUCCUGGAACCGAGCCGCGCUGGCGGUGGUGGACAGGCAAGCCUCCGUUCCAAACCCCUUAGGAUUACAUAUUCUUCUCGCGAUCGAAAGCGAAACCAAAACAGCUGUGGAUCGUAAUCCGAUCUUGCAGUUACUCCGGUUUAAACAUUCAACGAAAGGUGGCACACAACGGAAAGCAUAUUUCAUCGGCAGGAGGAAUGACCAUCGUUAUGGCCGGUCUAUCGACGACGGAAAUAUGCGAGAACACGAAGCUGGCCCGCGAGAUGGCCGUGAUGGGCAACUACGACUCGGCUGGCAUUUACUACGAGGGCGUGCUGCAAAUGCUUCGCAAGCUGCUGGUCGGCAUGAACGAGCCAAUGCAGAAAGGAAAAUGGCUAGUGGCACAGCAAGAAAUCAAUAAAGAGUACAAUCAGAUGAAGCUCAUCCAGAAGACGCUCACGGAAAUCACAAUGGAUCUACAGAACGCCCCGCUACAAGCCCGCAUCCGUACGCCCCUGCACGAAACGGCCAGCAAAGAUCCAGCGGCUUGGUUCCGUGCCGAUCCGGAUAUCUGGAUGCCACCGUCGGCCUCCGCUGGUCGGGGGGUUGACCCCGACGUUUGGGGACCUCCCCCGGAUAUGCCCCCACCCGAUCCGCACCGGCGCACCGUUGCCCCUCGCAGUCAGUCCCGCUCGAGCACCGCACUCAACCGAAAGUCGGAGGUGAAUCGACGAAAUGCGGCCACCAAAUCCGCCUCCACGUCGACCGUCGGCGGGCGGAAGACGAUCAGUCAAUCGGCGCGCUCAUCCGGGUCGUCGGCGGCGGCGGCGGGCAUGAAUGGUGCGUCACGGACGGGCACACUAACCCGAACGAAACCGAGCGCAAGGGCAACGGCGACCGGAACGCCGGGAGCGUCCUCCGAGAGCACCAACGGAAACGGGGAAAAAAGUGACAAGGAGAAGCUGGACGACGAGGAGGGCAAUGGCAAUGGCGGGGAUACGCCGGAAGAAGUCGAGCGUAAGUUCGAACCGGCGGCCCACGCGGACGUAGAUCUAGUCGAUAUGCUCGAGCGGGACAUCCUGCAGAAGAAUCCCAACAUCCACUGGGACGACAUUGCGGACCUGCACGAGGCCAAGCGGUUGCUAGAGGAAGCGGUCGUACUGCCGAUGUGGAUGCCGGACUACUUCAAAGGCAUUCGGCGCCCGUGGAAGGGUGUGCUGAUGGUCGGCCCGCCCGGUACUGGCAAAACGAUGCUUGCCAAAGCGGUCGCCACGGAGUGUGGGACGACGUUCUUCAACGUGUCCUCGUCGACGCUUACCUCCAAGUACCGGGGCGAGUCGGAGAAGCUCGUGCGGCUCUUGUUCGAGAUGGCCCGCUUCUACGCGCCCAGCACGAUUUUCAUCGACGAAAUCGACUCGCUGUGCUCGCGGCGUGGCUCCGAAUCCGAACACGAAGCUUCCCGGCGGGUCAAGUCCGAGCUGCUCGUGCAGAUGGAUGGCGUCAGCAAUGACGAGGCGACCAAGAUUGUGAUGGUAUUGGCAGCCACCAACUUUCCCUGGGACAUCGACGAGGCGUUGAGGCGACGGUUGGAGAAGCGUAUCUACAUCCCGCUACCAAACAGCGAAGGUCGUGAGGCACUGCUUAAGAUUAACUUGCGCGAGGUGAAGGUGGACGAAUCGGUGGACAUGCGCGACAUCGCCGACCGAUUGGAGGGCUACUCCGGGGCGGAUAUCACGAACGUGUGCCGGGAUGCGUCGAUGAUGUCGAUGCGGCGCAAGAUUGCGGGCCUCCGGCCGGAACAGAUCCGCCAGCUGGCGAAGGAGGAACUGGACCUGCCGGUAUCGAAGCAGGACUUCAAAGAGGCCAUCGCCAAGUGCAACAAGAGCGUAUCCAAAGACGAUCUGGCAAAAUACCAGCAAUGGAUGAAAGAGUUCGGCUCGUCGUGAUUACAGGCGGCACUUGGAGGUGGCCAUGCUCAGGUCGGUCGCAGCCGCCUACGUAUUCGUUCCAACGAGCGUGGCUAGGCUGCGGUUCCGUGUCCUCGAAUACUGAAUGCGCGCUCUCCAAAACUCUGGCCAAACGCCGAGCAUACGAGUCAACGGUUUACCGUGAUUGUGAUCUUUGUAGAAAAAAAAAAAACAAAAAUGGAAAAGAAACGAGGGACACAGUGGGUAGAAUCAGAAGUGGGCGAGCAUACGUCGUGUUGUACCAUUUCGGUCAGAC